AUGCCGAAAAACAUAACAAGUGAGGUUCGAGAGAUAAUUUUAAAAGUUAAGGAGUUUAUGGAUGAAGAAAAACGCAUGCAAGUGCCAAUAAUACCGCUAAGUAAAGUGUAUGUACGCGUAUCUGCCGCCACAGGCGUAUCAGAACGUACUGUUCUAAAUAUAGUUAAGGAAGCGAGGCUUGUUGAACAAGGUUUAUUGGACCCAGAAACACUUAAGAAGGCACCUAAAAAAAGGGUUCGAACAAAAGGAAGAAUAGAAGUUGAUGAGUAUGAUCUACAAGUUAUUCGAAGAAAAAUACAUGAAUUUUAUGCCUUCAAAAAAGAAGUACCAACAAUAAAUAAACUAUUGCAAAUACUUAAAGAAGAAAUCAACUUUAAAGGUUCAAGAGAAACACUGCGUAAAAUACUGCACAAAAAUGGAUUUCAAUUUAGAAAAACAAAAAAUAAUAAAGAAAAAGAUCAACCUCCAGAAUCAACUUCAUCAGUACCGGCUAUGGUACCUCCAUAUAUAUCUAUGUUUAGCCAUAAAAAUACUCAGCCU